AGUCUUUUAACCUAGUUAAAUCCCACCAACCCCACCAAAAUGUGCGACGAAGAAAUCUCUGCCCUUGUCGUUGACAACGGCUCUGGCAUGUGCAAGGCCGGCUUUGCCGGUGACGACGCUCCCCGCGCCGUCUUCCCCUCGAUCGUCGGUCGCCCGCGUCACCAGGGUGUCAUGGUCGGCAUGGGUCAGAAGGACUCGUACGUCGGCGAUGAGGCUCAGUCCAAGCGUGGUAUCCUGACCCUCAAGUACCCCAUUGAGCACGGCAUCGUCACCAACUGGGACGACAUGGAGAAGAUCUGGCACCACACCUUCUACAACGAACUCCGUGUUGCCCCCGAGGAGCACCCCGUCCUCCUCACUGAGGCCCCCCUCAACCCCAAGGCCAACCGCGAGAAGAUGACCCAGAUCAUGUUCGAGACCUUCAACACCCCCGCCAUGUACGUUGCCAUCCAGGCCGUCCUGUCGCUCUACGCUUCGGGCCGCACCACCGGUAUCGUCCUCGACUCUGGCGAUGGUGUCUCGCACACUGUCCCGAUCUAUGAGGGUUAUGCCCUUCCCCACGCCAUCCUCCGUCUCGACCUGGCUGGCCGUGACCUCACUGACUACCUCAUGAAGAUCCUCACUGAGCGUGGCUACUCUUUCACCACCACUGCCGAGCGUGAAAUCGUCCGCGACAUCAAGGAGAAGCUCUGCUACGUCGCCCUCGACUUCGAGCAGGAGAUGCAGACUGCUGCCUCCUCGUCCUCGAUCGAGAAGUCGUACGAGCUUCCCGACGGCCAGGUCAUCACCAUCGGCAACGAGCGCUUCCGCUGCCCCGAGGCCCUCUUCCAGCCCGCUUUCCUCGGCAUGGAGUCUGCUGGCAUCCACGAGACCACCUACAACUCGAUCAUGAAGUGCGACGUCGACAUCCGCAAGGACCUCUACGCCAACACUGUCCUCUCUGGCGGCACGACCAUGUACGCCGGCAUUGCUGACCGCAUGCAGAAGGAGAUCGCUGCCCUCGCCCCCGCCACCAUGAAGAUCAAGAUCAUCGCUCCCCCGGAACGCAAGUACUCCGUCUGGAUCGGUGGUUCCAUCCUCGCCUCCCUCUCCACCUUCCAACAGAUGUGGAUCUCCAAGCAGGAGUACGACGAGGCUGGCCCCUCCAUCGUCCACCGCAAGUGCUUCUAAGCGCGCACGCUCCCCCCAGCGCGUUGGCUGCCGUAGCUGCCUGAUGAUGUCUCUGUUGUCUGCUGCUGCGUGAUCUUGUACAAAGAAAAAAAAUUGCAAAAGCCAAAA